GGGGUUUGGGUUUGUUGACCCUUUUGUACCAACAGAGACAGAAUCGCUGGCUCUCUCACUCACUCUUUCAAGCAUGGGAACGACAACGACACCCCCUCAGUCUGACACUGUUCGCGUCUUCAACAUACCUCAAUCCGCCACCGCCAAGGACCUCCUCGACUUCCUCGAAGCGGCGGUGGGCCCCUCCACCGUCUUCGCCCUCGAAAUCUUCUCCGACAACCCCAACUGGAAGUCCCGCGGCACCGGGCGAGUGCAGUUCGAGAGCGCCGAGGCCAAGUCCCGCGCCCUCUCUCUCUCCAACCUCCACCAACUCCUCUUCCUCUCCCACUUCCUCCGCCUCUCCGAGGCCUCCGACGACAUCAUCUUCCGCCCCCGCCACCACCUCCGCAACGGCGUCCUCUACACCGGCUUCAUGCUCCACGACCACCGCAUGAGCGUCCUCGACUCCUGGGAGGGCGUCACCGGCUGCGUCAUGCCCCAAAGGAGGAAGCUUGAAUUCUGGGUCUUCCAUAAUGCCGACUGUUACAGACUCGAGAUUUUCUUUGAGGACAUUUUGGAGUCUCAUGGCUAUUGCUUGGGAGAAGAUGCCAAACUCAAUGCCAUACUCUUGAAGCUAAAAUAUGGGCCAAAGAUUUAUCAGAAAAAGACGGGGCCAGAUGUGGCAGCCAAGUUUAAGGGGGAUAGGUACCGUUUUUGUAAGGAGAAUUUUGAGUUUGUUUGGGUGCGGACUACUGACUUCUCGGAGCUGAAGUCAAUUGGGCACUCUACUUCAUUUUGUUGGGAAAUUGAGGAGGAACAUUUAGCUUCGGAUGUUUUUGCAAGUUUCCCCCUCUACAAGGAAAAUUUGAGAGAUUUGGCUCUGGAAGAUGGGGAAGAAUUUUGCUCUCCGACAGAAGCAGUUCCGCUUGUGAAGUGUGCUUCGGAAUCCAAAUUACCUUAUGAGGCUCUUUUCCAACUGAAUUCUCUUGUUCAUACUCAGAAAAUUUGUCUUGCUUCGGUGGAUGAUGAGUUGAUUGACUUGUUAGGAGGCUUAGAUGAAGAAAGUAGAGCUGUGAUUUUUCAGAAAUUGCACAAGAUGAGCUCCACUUGUUAUGAGCCUCUCAAAUUCGUGAAGACUCAAUUACAUGUGCUGAGUACUAAGAGUAGAAAACUGCCACAAUCGACGCAGAAAAGAUUGACAGAUAAUAACAUUAUGAGCUGUCAUAGAGCCUUGAUUACCCCAACAAAGAUUUUUUGCCUCGGUCCUGAGCUUGAAACCUCAAAUCAUGUGGUAAAGCACUUCGCAUCAUAUGCUUCAGACUUUAUGAGGAUUACCUUUGUUGAAGAGAAUUGGAAUAAGCUUCCAACUAAUGCAGUAUCAACUGAUAUUCAAAAGGGAAUCUUUUCAAAGCCUUUUAAAACUGAAAUAUAUAAGCGCAUAUUGACUAUUCUCCGAGAUGGGAUUGUAAUUGGAACGAAAAGAUUUGAGUUCCUGGCCUUCUCUGCUAGUCAGCUGCGAUCAAAUUCUGUUUGGUUAUUUGCUUCUAAUGACAAUGUGAAAGCGGCAGAUAUCAGGGAAUGGAUGGGAAGCUUCAACAAUAUCCGCAGUGUUUCUAAAUGUGCAGCAAGGAUGGGUCAGUUGUUCAGUUCUUCUAUGCAAACUUUUGAAGUUCCCCCUCAAGAUGUGGAGAUAAUUCCAGAUAUUGAAAUUACCUCUGAGGGUGUAAGCUACUGUUUCUCAGAUGGUAUUGGAAAAAUUUCCCAAUCUUUUGCUAGGCAAGUUGCCCAAAAGCUAAAAUUGGAUCAUAGUCCAUCAGCAUUUCAAAUUCGGUUUGGUGGAUAUAAAGGUGUAAUUGCUGUUGAUCGCCAUUCCUAUAGGAAGUUAUCAUUGCGAAGCAGUAUGCUUAAGUUUGAAUCCAAAAACAGGAUGCUUUGUGUCACUAAAUGGAGUGAGUCAAUGCCUUGCUUUCUCAAUCGAGAGAUUAUAUCCCUGAUGUCUACCUUAGGAGUAAAAGAUGAGGCAUUUUUGGCAAUGCAGCAGGAACAAUUGCAUUUGUUAGGUAGGAUGUUGACUGAUAGUAAGGCGGCUUUGGAUGUUUUGGAAAGUUUAAAUGCAGCUGAUUCAAAGAGCAUUCUGGUGAAAAUGUUGCAUGAAUUUAACGAGCCAAACAAGGAGCCUUAUCUAUCGAUGAUGCUUAAGGCUUAUUAUGCAUCCCAAUUAUCUGACUUGAAAAGUAGAUGCCGAAUAUUUGUUCCCAAGGGUCGAGUCUUAGUUGGUUGUUUGGAUGAAACUGGUAUUUUGGAUUAUGGCCAAGUAUUUGUCCGCAUAACUGUGACAAAAGCUAGGGAAAAAUUUGGAGAUGAAAGCUUAAGGAAAGUGGAUGGCGAUGAUAGCACACGAAUAAUAGUGGGGAAGGUGGUGGUCACAAAAAAUCCUUGUCUUCACCCAGGUGACAUCAGAGUCCUUGAUGCUAUCUACAACGAAGAAUUAGAGGAAAAGGGUUGGAGGGAUUGCCUUGUAUUUCCUCAAAAAGGACAUAGGCCUCAUCCAAAUGAAUGCUCUGGUGGUGAUCUUGAUGGAGAUUUGUUUUUCAUAAGCUGGGACAAAGAUCUAAUCCCAUGUCAAACUGAGGCUCCAAUGGACUACACAGGAAGCAGGCCUCGUAUAAUGGACCAUAAGGUGACCCUAGAGGAAAUUCAACAAUUUUUUGUUGAUUACAUGAUCAAUGAUACUUUGGGUGCUAUCUCCACCGCACAUCUAGUUCAUGCCGACCGUGAACCAGAAAAGGCCAAGAGUAGAAAAUGUCUGGAGUUAGCACAUCUUCAUUCCAUGGCCGUUGACUUUGCAAAGACCGGAGCACCUGCUGCAAUGCCUAGAAUCUUAAAACCAAGAGAGUUUCCAGAUUUCAUGGAGAGGGUGGACAAGCCUAUGUAUGUCUCCAACAGCGUAUUAGGAAAACUUUAUCGUGCCAUAAUGGAGUCAGAAUUGCAAAUAAGAUAUAGCUUUGUGUGGUCACAGAAGCUUGCUGAAGAAUCAUAUGAUCGUAGUCUUGAAGUUGAUGGUUUUGAGGCCUUCCUUGAGACGGCUUUAAGUUACAAGGAGAUGUAUGCGCAGAAGUUGAGCAGUUUAAUGAACUUCUAUGGUGCAGAGACUGAGAAUGAAAUGCUACUUGGCAACUUGCAAAACCGUGCUUCUUAUUUGCAGCGUGAUAACAGAAGAUAUGGUGAUAUGAAGGAUCGGAUUCUGCUCUCUGUUAGGGGCCUUCAGCGUGAAGCUAAAGAAUGGUUUGAAAAUAGUUGCCAACCACGUGAAUAUCAGCGUAUGGCAUCUGCAUGGUAUCAUGUGACUUAUCACCCGAGCUAUUGCAAUGAAAGCUUAUGUUUUUUAAGCUUUCCAUGGAUAGUUGGUGACAUCUUAUUGCAAAUAAAGUAUGUAAACAAAGGACUUCACACAUGAAGGCUUCCUCUAAUGCUUUAUGGGGAAAAAUUCUGAAGCCGUUUGUGGUGGAUGACAUGUCAAUGCAGAUGUUGGCAAAAUUAUUACUAUAAAUUUAUUUGGCACAAAAAAUAUUUACUAGCUGUAUGUGCAAAUGCGAUUCUGGAUGGCUUCAUGUGUGUCCAUUUUUUAGAGCUACCAAAUCGAGUUAGGCAGGCUCAUCGCAUCAAAAGUGGGUUGGGUUAAUUUGACCUGGUUUGUACCUUGCGAAUUAUUUAUUUAGGUUAGUUUAGUAAUGUUAAGCCAAUCUGCA